AAUUGAGGAACGUCAACCAACACACGUGGCUUUGUUUUGAUUUUGAGUUCUCGAUUCUUUACGAAAAAUUCUUGUUUUUAGUUAUUUCGCAAACUAAAAGUCAGUAAAAUGGAGGAAGAGGAUCAAGAGAGCAAGAUUAACUUUGUGUCUUGCGUGUGCUUUGUGCGUCAGGGAGUGGCGAAGGAAGAACCGGUCAAGGCCACUUUGACGCAGGAGGAACUCGCCGACAUCAUAAAUGAGAUGAAGGAGAGUAAGAACAGCGAGGGAGAUGAUGAUGAUGAGGCUGGAGAGCAGAUGGACGUGGAAACUCCAGCCGGUGCUGAUGAGUAUAAUUUUGACGACUACGACGAGGAGGGAGAAAGCACGGGCUUGGGAAUAGACGGAGUCGUGGUGGCUGAUCCUGGGGAGAACUUGGAGGAUGAUGAAAAUGACUCAGAAGCUGAGGACGAUAAGAUAAAAUGCGGAGACAACCUCAUUCUCGUGGGUCACGUUGAUGAUGUUUGCGUGAACAUGGAAGUGUACAUUUGGAACAAGGCAGAGGACAGUCUCUAUGUCCACCACGACUUCCUUCUGCCCAGUUUUCCACUCUGUCUCGAGUGGCUCAAUCACGAUCCCUCGUCCAGCGAGUCUGGGAAUCUGUGCGCGAUCGGAACUAUGGAACCAAUAAUCACGGUGUGGGAUCUGGACAUCAGUGACUCGCUAGAGCCGAUUUACAAGCUUGGCAGCAAAGGGAAUCGUAGGAAGAGAGAGCCCAAAUUCGGGCACAGUGAUGCAGUUCUGGAUCUAGCGUGGAAUCAGGCAUUUCCUCACGUCUUGGCGAGUGGUUCUGUGGACAGGACGUGCAUCUUGUGGGAUCUGGACACGGGGAAGCCAAACACCACAAUUGAGGUGUUCGAGGAGAAGGUCCAGGCUGUGAAAUUUCAUCCCACUGAGCCACACUUCGUCCUCACGGGAUGCUGUGAUGGAUUCGUGAGGUUGUUCGACUGCAGGGAUCCAGCCAAGUUGACAGAUUCAUUCAAGAGCUGGAAGCUCACCGGAGAGAUUGAGAAAGCCGUGUGGAACCUUCAAGAUCCCACAUACUUUGCGGCAUCAACCAACAAGGGAGAGAUUGCGUAUUUUGAUAUGAGACAGGCAAAUCCUCUGUGGCAGACAUCUGCUCAUUCGGAGGAAGUUUCCGGUCUAAUUUUCUCCCCAGCGAUUCCCGGAAUGAUGCUAAGCACAUCGUCGGACGGUAGUUUAAAAAUCUGGGACUACAAUCUGGCUGGGGCGAGAUUAAUUCAUGAAGAUGACAUGAACAUCGGACGGAUUCACUCUAUCAGCUAUUCUCCGGAGGAUCCCAACAUUGUCGCCAUUGGAGGGGACAAUAAGAAGCGACAAUUCAGAGUUGUGGACGUCCUGGAAUAUGAUCACGUGAGGCAGACAUUUGAGCAUCGCAAUUGAAUAAAUUGCCUCAAUAAAGAUAUGCUUUAUCUUCUUCCCUAUAUCUAGUUUUUUUUUAAUAUUAACUUAUCAGACCCAC